AUGGAGUUUUCUUUUUCCUCUUUUUUAGAGAAAAAGGUUUAGAGAGACAUGGAGCUUGAAAGAAUCAUUCGAGACACGCUGACGUGCUUCAUCCAGUCCCACAUCCCUGCUGCAGAUCUCAGUGGGAUGGAUGAUGUUUUCUUCUCUUACAUCACGGGUGUCCUGGAAGAGCUGGGGUCACCAGAAUCCUCUGAGGAGACCUUUGACAUGGACACCUUUGUAGAAAUGAUGGAGGCAUAUAUUCCUGGUUUUGCAGAAAUCCACAGUGGGGAUGUUUGUGAAAUGAUGUUCUCUCUCUCAGAAAGGCUUGGUGAAGCUCGCACCAAAGAAAAACCUGGCCAAAAGGCUGUGGAAAGUGGGAGUGAAGCAACCUCUGAAGACCUGACCAAGGGCCAGGAGCCUGGAGCCGGAACCUGCAACGGGGAAAGGCUAUGCACUCCAACAGACGGAGCUGGCGCCCAGGAGGGCGAUGACUUGAAGGAUGGAGUGGAGCUACUACUGGAGAUGUUCCCAGCCUGUACCAUGAGCCAGGCAGAGAAGGCACUCGCCAUGGCCUUGGGGAACUUGGAGGAGGCAGUGCAGUUAAUUGUGGAGGAGAAGGUGGAAAUUGGCCCAGCAGGUGCGAGUGUGAAGGAACUGGCACGGCCCCGCAGAGUGCCCAACCACCAGGAACUAAAACAGGUUAUCCUACAGAAAUACAUGAUGGUGGAUAGUGCAGACGAUCAGAAAACACAUCGGCCAGCUCCACCCAAAGAGGCUCCCAAGAAGUUGAUCCGCUAUAUCGACAACUAGGUAGUGAGUACAAAGGGAGAGAGGUACAAAGACAUCAAGAAGCCUGAGAGCGAGGAGAUGAAGAGAACCUACAUCAGCCUCAAACCAGCCAGGAAGUACAAGUUCCACUGA